AUGUCAAUUCCAAUUAGUAUGGAAUUCAAUAAUUCUGGUGACACUUCAUCUGUAGAUAGUCAUCAAAGUUCUAGUCCGUCCGAGACUCAAAACGAAGCAGAACGUUACAUGGGUUUCGAUGAAAAAACGCAGGAACAAAUCAAAAAAUUAGCAGAAACCUUUACACAAGCUAGUAUAGCCAAUGCAGCAUCCGCUAAGCAAAGUCCAUUGGAUGUGGAGUCUGAUGCUUCUGAUACACAUUCAGUGUUUACUAUAGGAUCUCAGCGACGUGGAAUCAACCCAAUUGUCACUGAUCCUAAUUCACAAGAUUACGAUCCGGCACUGGAUCCUCAAAAUGAUAAAUUCAGUAGUAGAGCAUGGGUAAAAAAUCUAGCGAACCUUUCACAUAUGAAUCCUGACUACUAUAAACCAUAUUCUAUUGGAUGUGCAUGGAAAAAUUUGACUGCUUCAGGUGAUUCUGCUGACGUUUCGUAUCAAUCGACAGUCGCAAAUUUACCGGUAAAGCUACUUGGCAAGCUUUACCGUCGUUGUCGCAAGACUAGGGAGUCUGAUACAUUUCAGAUUCUGAAACGUAUGGACGGUUGUAUUAAGCCUGGGGAGCUGUUAGUUGUCCUUGGGAGACCAGGUUCUGGUUGCACUACCUUAUUAAAAUCCAUAUCUUCCAAUACACACGGUUUUAAGAUAUCUAAGGAUACGUCAAUAUCUUACAGUGGGCUAACACCAAAGGAGAUUAAAAAACAUUAUAGAGGUGACGUUGUCUAUCAGGCAGAGUCUGAUAUUCAUCUUCCACAUUUAACUGUGUAUCAGACACUAGUGACUGUCUCAAGAUUAAAAACCCCUCAGAAUAGAUUUGAAGGUACAGGUAGAGAAGAAUUUGCAAAUCACCUCACAGAUGUAGCAAUGGCAACUUACGGUUUAUUGCAAACAAGAAAUACAAAAGUAGGGAAUGAAUAUGUAAGGGGUGUCUCUGGUGGUGAAAGAAAAAGAGUCUCAAUUGCUGAAGUGUGGAUCUGUGGGUCAAAAUUUCAAUGUUGGGAUAAUGCCACGAGAGGUUUAGACGCCGCUACUGCAUUAGAAUUUGUACGUGCUUUAAAGACACAAGCUGAAAUUGCCAACACAGCAGCUACAGUGGCCAUUUACCAAUGUUCCCAAGAUGCAUACGAUUUGUUUGAUAAAGUAUGUGUCUUGUACGAGGGCUAUCAAAUUUAUUUUGGUUCUGCAAAGAGAGCCAAACAAUAUUUCAUCGAUAUGGGGUACGUCUGCCCGGCUCGUCAAACUACUGCUGAUUUCUUGACUUCGAUAACGAGUCCAGCAGAAAGAAUUGUAAAUCAAGAUUUUGUAAACCAAGGUAAGAAUGUCCCACAGACCCCCAAAGAAAUGAAUGAUUACUGGAUGUCAGCCCAAGAAUACAAAUAUUUAAUGGGUGAUGUUGACCUCGCCUUACAUGAAAGUAACGUAGAAUUUAAGGAGGAAAUAAUGGAGGCACAUAUAGCUGAACAAUCGAAAAGAUUAAGGAAGGGUUCACCAUAUGUUGUAAACUAUGGAAUGCAGAUAAAAUAUUUGUUAAUAAGAAAUGUCUGGAGAAUGGUAAAUAGUCCAAGUGUGACUAUGUUUCAAGUAUUUGGUAAUUCUGCGAUGGCUUUCAUCUUGGGAUCAAUGUUCUAUAAGGUCAUGCUACAUACGUCAACUGACACGUUCUAUUAUCGUGGUGCAGCUAUGUUUUUUGCUAUUUUGUUUAAUUCAUUUCAAUCGCUACUGGAAAUUUUCAAGUUAUACGAAGCUAGACCAAUUACAGAAAAGCACAGAACAUAUGCCUUAUACCAUCCUAGUGCCGAUGCAUUUGCAUCUGUCAUUUCUGAAAUACCUCCUAAACUAGCAACUGCAAUAAUGUUUAAUAUUGUUUUUUAUUUCUUGGUUGAUUUUCGUCGGAACGGUGGCGUCUUCUUCUUCUAUUUUCUGGUUAGUAUAGUGUCUGUCUUUGUCAUGUCACAUAUAUUCCGUUGUGUAGGCUCAAUGACGAAGACCCUUCAAGAAGCUAUGGUCCCAGCCUCAAUAUUAUUACUUGCUAUGUCCAUGUAUAUUGGUUUUGUGAUUCCAGAAACGAAGAUGCUACGCUGGUCCAAGUGGAUCUGGUAUAUUAAUCCAUUAUCUUAUUUAUUUGAAUCCUUGAUGGUGAACGAAUUUCACGGCGUAUGGUACCCAUGUAGCACUUUUAUUCCAAGAGGACCCUCAUACGUAAAUGCUACAGGUACCGAAAGAGUAUGUGCAGUAGUGGGUGCCAUUCCUGGCUAUACAAAAGUUCUAGGUGACGAUUAUUUGAGCGGAAGCUACAACUAUCAACAUAAGCAUAAAUGGAGAGGGUUUGGUAUUGGGAUUGGUUACAUUGUCUUUUUCUUGAUAGUGUACUUGAUUUUAUGUGAAUAUAAUGAAGGUGCUAAGCAAAAAGGUGAGAUGCUUAUUAUGCCACACAAAGUCGUUAGGCGUUUGAGACAUAAGGGUCAAAUUAAUGAUAGAAAUAGCAACAAUAAGCACAAUGAUGAAGAGCAAUUGGCAUAUUCUAAUGAAUCAACCCUUUCAAAUACCAAGGUUUUAAGUGAAUCACUAUUUGAACAUUCCUCUGAGAAUACAAAAUAUAAUGAAACUUUAAGUUCCUCCAAUUCAUUCUCGGGAGAAAUUGCAAAUGAUGAGGACAACGUUGGAAUUUCGAAGUCUGAAGCUAUUUUUCACUGGAGAGAUCUUUGUUAUGACGUACAGAUUAAGAGUGAAACAAGACGUCUGCUAAACAACGUGGAUGGUUGGGUUAAGCCCGGCACGUUAACCGCCUUAAUGGGUGCCUCUGGUGCUGGUAAGACCACAUUGUUAGAUUGUCUUGCCGAGAGAGUCACAAUGGGUGUGAUUACUGGUAAUAUUUUUGUGGAUGGACGUCUACGUGACGAGUCGUUCCCCAGGUCCAUUGGUUACUGCCAGCAACAGGAUUUACAUUUGAAGACUGCUACUGUUAGAGAGUCAUUAAGGUUUUCGGCUUAUUUACGUCAACCAGCGUCUGUGACAAAAGAGGAAAAGGACCAUUACGUCGAACAAGUUAUCAAGAUUCUGGAAAUGGAGACGUAUGCAGAUGCAGUUGUUGGUGUUCCGGGAGAGGGUUUGAAUGUCGAGCAGAGAAAGAGAUUGACUAUUGGUGUUGAACUUGCUGCUAAGCCAAAACUGCUAGUUUUCCUAGAUGAACCGACAUCUGGUUUGGAUUCACAAACAGCAUGGGCUACAUGCCAAUUGAUGAGAAAACUAGCCAACCAUGGUCAGGCCAUUCUUUGUACUAUCCACCAACCUUCUGCUAUUUUGAUGCAAGAAUUUGACCGUCUGUUAUUUUUGCAGAAAGGUGGUAAGACUGUUUAUUUUGGAGAUUUAGGUAAGGGCUGUAAGACAAUGAUUGAGUACUUCGAAAAGCAUGGAGCACAAGCAUGUCCACCGGAUGCUAAUCCAGCUGAAUGGAUGUUAGAGGUGAUUGGUGCAGCACCGGGAUCUCACGCAUUACAGGACUACUAUGAUGUUUGGAUCAAUUCUGAAGAAUAUAAAGCGGUUCAUAGGGAAUUAGAUCGUAUGGAGAAAGAAUUACCUCUAAAGACAAAAGAGGCCGAGUCUGAGGAAAAGAAGGAAUUCGCAACCAAUAUUUUCCAUCAGUUUAUUUUGGUCUCCAUUCGUUUAUUUGAACAGUACUGGAGAUCUCCUGAAUAUUUGUGGUCUAAAUUUAUUCUAACUGUCCUUAACCAAUUGUUUAUUGGGUUUACCUUUUUUAAGGCAGAUCAUUCUCUGCAAGGCUUGCAAAACCAAAUGCUUUCGGUUUUCAUGUAUACUGUCAUAUUGCUACCAAUGAUUCAGCAAUAUUUACCUACCUACGUUUCUCAAAGAGAUUUGUAUGAAGCAAGAGAACGUCCAUCAAGAACAUUUUCAUGGAAAGCAUUCUUUUGUGCUCAAAUAGUAGUCGAGAUUCCAUGGAAUAUCCUAGCUGGGACAUUGGCAUUUAUAAUCUACUAUUAUGAAAUUGGAUUCUAUAUUAACGCGUCUGAGGCAAACCAAUUACAUGAAAGAGGGGCAUUAUUUUGGUUAAUCACAACUGCGUUCUACACUUACAUUGGAUCUAUGGCUAUCGGUUGCAUUUCCUUCUUGGAAAUUGCAGAUAAUGCUGCUCAUUUAUCUAUAUUGCUAUUUGCCAUGGCAUUGUCUUUCUGUGGUGUUAUGGUACAAAAAUCUUACCUUCCAAGAUUUUGGAUUUUCAUGUACAGAGUAUCACCCGUUACAUACUUGAUUGAUGCUUUGCUGUCCGUAGGUGUUGCAAAUGUCGACGUAAGAUGUGCCUCUUAUGAAUAUGUGGUAUUUACGCCCCCUUCCGGCAUGACAUGUGGACAGUAUAUGGAACCAUAUCUACUUCUUGCAGGAACAGGUUACCUGGCUGACACAAACGCGACGACUGAGUGUCAGUUUUGCGAGUAUUCUAGGACUAAUGACUAUUUGAAACUAGUUGGCUCUUCGUAUGGUAGAAGAUGGAGAAACUAUGGUAUCUUUAUAUGUUUCAUUGUAUUUAAUUAUGCUUUCGCCAUCUUCGCAUAUUGGCUCGCUAGAGUUCCAAAGAGAACUGGCCAGAUAUCGCAGGUUUCGAAAAAAUAA